AUGUCGCUAAUACAGUAUUCAAAGGAAGAUUAUAUUUUGACAUGUUGGCCUGAUGAUAUAUUAAUAAUGAUCUUUUGUAAACUGGAUAUAAAAUCUUUAUUAAAUUGCAUGCAAGUAAAUCACCAAUGGCGAGAAAUUGCCGAGUAUUGUUGCCAGCAUUUUAACUUAUGGGAAAAAGUGAUAGAAGAAAUUGUAGACAAUUCUGGUUCAAAAAUUAGGGAAAAAUCGACAUUGGACUUUCAAGACCUUUUUAUAUGUGUUCAACAAUGGACUUAUAUAAAAAAUGCAGUUAUUUCAUACCACUUUAAUUACAAAUCAGGAUAUGUCAAGAAUAUUUGUAUCUAUAAGGAUAAUUUUAUACUAGUAAGUGAUAAGACAGUGAAAUAUUAUAAUAUAAAUAGUCAUACCUUAAUAAGAACAAUUCCUUCAGAAUGUCUAAAAUAUGAAGAAAGUUAUGCUUUCAGUGCAGAAGUGGCCAUACCGGUAGGAAGGCUGGAUGUGGGUAAUUUAUUGGUACUUAUUAAUAAAUUACACAAAAAUAAUUGUGUUUGUACCAAAGGAAAGAAAAUGGUUCUAUGCAGAACAUAUUUAAUAAAAUUACAUUUAAAUGAAUGUUAUGUGAUUGAUAAUAAAAAUGCACUCAGAGUUUUUAGAGCAGACUACUGCCAAUGGCAUGAAAAUGUUCUUGCCAGACACUAUGGUGUGGUGGGUUCUAUUUUAGACAUAAGCAUACAUAAAAAUGACAUAUAUGUACUACUUAAAAGUGGGGAUAUUUUAUAUGUAGAUAAAGAAUGCAGAAAGUUUGAAAAAACAUAUCAAUUUAACACAUCUUUAUUGAGUAUGGCUACAAAUUUAUUCACAUUCAAUGCUUUUAGUAUACUUUUAUCAGUAUCAAGUGAAGCAAGAAUGCAAAUGUAUCCCCAAAAUAAGCAGGAUCAAAUAGCUAUGGUCUGUCCAGGACUAACAUGUGCUUUGGAACAUGGCCCAGUAUUAAUUAUGGCUUAUGAUAAUAUGAAGAUUGAAAUAUAUCUCACUAAGAAUCUGCUGAAAAACAUAUCGAAACCAGAACUUUGCAUUGAUUUGGCAACUUAUUUACAAGAAUCACAAUUAGAAAGUAAAGUAAAAGCUUUAGACAUUUAUGAAAGUAUAGAAGGUCACCAUUUGUUUGUUGUAACAGACACUGAUGUACACGAAUUUCUUAUAAGU